AAAAAAAUCUCCGUGGAUUAUAUUUUGUACCAUUUGGUGAAGUAGGUGAACCUACUACUCAAGCUAAAGACGAAGAACUGGCAAAAAAGUUAUGGGAUUUUUCUGAAAAUUUCGUUAAAGAAAAAUUGGGUGCUAAAAUUUUUAGUAAAAGUUUUGCAUAA